UGUGAGAGACUUCCGCCCCGGCGUUCUAGGGUUUUCUAGUAACUUCCACAGCUGAGGGGAAUAUCUGUGACAAGAAGCUGAGCGAGCAGUGAGUCUGCGGGACUGGCAGAGGAAGGACCGGGCCUAGGAUAAGACUGGGAGUACAGGCACAGUCGUACCGAGCCGGGGAGCUUACAGCAGCGGCAUAAUCAGCGGUCACCCCGUGCGUACUGCAUGUUAAUAUGGCCAAGUGGGGACAAGGAGAUCCGCGCUGGAUCGUGGAGCUGAGAUCUGAUGCCACCAACGUGAACAACUGGCACUGGACAGAGAGAGAGGCCACAGGGUGGUCUACAGACAAGCUGAAGGAACUUCUAAUGGGGGUUAGAGUAGAAAGUGAAGAGGGGACCUGCGAGGUUACAGAAGUCAGCAAACUUGAGGGCGAGGCAUCAAUUAACAACCGUAAGGGAAAACUCAUCUUCUUCUACGAAUGGGACAUCAAAUUGAACUGGACAGGUAUCUCCAAAUCAGGAGUCAAGUAUAAGGGUCACGUGGAAAUCCCAAAUCUUUCAGAUGAGAAUGAUCCCAGUGAAGUAGAGGUUAGAGUAUCUCUGGCCAAGGAUGAGCCAGACACUAAUCUGCUAAGUGUAAUGAGGAAGGAGGGUGUGCUGAAGUUCCAAGAAGUUGUGGCCGUUUACAUCUCAACCCUCAAAACAGAGUUUACACAAGGAAUGAUACUUCCAACAGCAAAUGGGGUGUCACACUCAGCGGCUCCAGAACAGAAACUAAAAAUAGACCCAAAAAAGGUGCAGGACAAAUCUGUAACAUGCCAGAGCACAGGAGUCAAAAUCCCUACUUGUAAGAUCACCCUAAAAGAGACUUUCUUGACAUCACCUGAGGAACUCUACAAUGUGUUCAUCAGACAGGAGCUGGUUCAAGGGUUCACACAUGCACCUGCAUCUGUAAAACCAGAAAAGGGAGGAAAGUUUCAGCUUUUGGGAGGAAAUGUCAGUGGAGAGUUUGUGGAGUUGGAGCCUGAAAAACACAUUGUCAUGUCCUGGAGGUUUAAGUCUUGGCCAGCAGGUCAUCAUGCAUCUAUCACACUGACAUUUACAGAUAAAGGGGGAGAGACAGAACUUCGUUUGGAGGCACGUGGCGUACCACAGAGCGAAGAAGAGCGCACUAAGGAGGGCUGGAAGAGAUACUACUUUGAGGGGAUCAAGCAGACAUUUGGAUAUGGAGCUAUACAUUUAUAACAGUUGGGGUGGGGGGUUUGCACGGAGGGAUUUUAUACAAACUGAUGAAUAUGGAAAGCUUUUGUCUUGUGGACUGCAACGUAUCUAAAAUGCCUACGAAGUUUUUAUCUCCAUUUGGUGUGAAGGUGGGUCGUGUUUACUGUACAGAGCACUGCAGGAGACGUGCGAGUGUGGCGGGCCAGUGAGUCAGGCCUCAGUGCCACCAGUAGCCAUGUAUGUUGUCAGAACAAUAAAUGACUAAUUAAUUUAUCCAUGUA